CAUCACUAGACUACCCACUCUUCUCCUCCCUGAACAUUAUCUUUUGUGUCGCGUAAAAUAUUAAGGAAAACACUGUGAAAAUCUUUACGAAGCAACCAAAAAUAAAAACAGCUUAAUAACAUACGUUUCAAGGUGGCGCAAAAUGCAGGCGACGCAGCACUAAGCGCUCGCUUUUCGAGUCCUCAAUUAUUGUGAACUAAGCGUAUGCAACCUACUUAUAUUUAUUAACAACAACAACAACAGAACAGCAGCAGCAACAACAACAACAAACAGUAUGUACAACAACGUUGCACGGGGCUUCUCCAUACACGACGCAUUCGAGGAGGAGGAAGAGGAGGCGAUACGUGUCUAUGGCUCCACAGUGAUAUCGACGCCAAUGCGCGGUGGCGUAAGCGGCAGCGCCAAACAAGGUCGCUCCACCGAAGAUGUAUCCAUACGCAUACAGGAUCCAAAGGGCUACAACAAAUACGCCGAAGACACAACGUCGCGGGACAGCGACUCCCUGAUACAGGAAUAUGGCAAUCUGCCCACGGAGGAGACGAACACAUAUUGCUGGCGGCAUCCAAAGGUGCGCGAAAAUUGGCGCACAGUUCUGGCCGCGUUCACGCUCCUCGUGGUGGGCACCGGGCUAUUUGUGAUGGGCACCUUUGCCAUUGCCGAUCCACACAAUACAUCACAGGGUGUUGUAUUUUUUGUUGCUGGACUCAUUUGCUUUAUACCGGGCGCCUAUCAUGUCGUCUAUAUAUGGCUGGCGGCCAAAGGCUAUCGAGGGUUUGACUUUUACCAUUUACCUUUGUUUACAUAAGCACACACACAUAUAUAUAUAUAUAUAUAUAUAUAUAUUUAUAUAUAAUGUAAAUGUAUGUCGCAUUGGUUGAUCCAAUUUGUAUCAGCAAAACGCCCCUGGUCCCCUUACCCUCUGUCUAUAUACAUAUAUUUAUAUAUACAAUUAUUAUCUAUAUAUGGUAAUUAACUCAGAAGUCUUGUGUUUUAUGUGUGUCUUCAACGAAUUUCAAUGGACAAAACUCAAAAAGGAAAAAUGAUAAAAAGAAGUAAAACCUAGACAAAAACUCCAAUUCGAAUCCUAGCCUUAAUGUAUGUAUUUUUUUAAAAUUAAUCUUUUAUUAUAAUAUACUCAAAAACGUUUGGUAUACCCUCAAAGGCAGUGUUGCCAAUUUAGCUAUUUUCCAGCUGAAUUAGCUUAUUUUCGUAAGUCAUCAGCCCUAAACAGCUGAAGCUUCAAACUGAUUUAGCUAUUUUUCGGCCACUCAAGGACAAGAGCUAGCCAAUAUUUACUCGAAAAGCUAAUUUAGCCAUUUUUGAGCUAUUUCAACACUGGUUUCAGCUACUUUAUUCAAUAAACAUUUGGCAACACUGCUCAAAAAUGCAAAGGAUACGUAUGACAACACUCUUACACACACAUUCGAAA